UGUUUUGCUGUUUCAGUUGCAUGGAUCUUGUGCAUGCUGGCUCAGUGUCACACUGUCAUGAGGGACAUUUAAAUAGAACAGCGCCAUCAUUAAUGUUAUUAGUAACACAUGCUUUUCUGACUGACAAAAAGGUCUGUUGUCUCUGAAGAACAAACAACAUUCAGCAGAUUCAAAAAUGUGCGUUUUAAUGUCUUUCUACAGUCAGCAGGCCGACCGGGAGCUCACCGAGGUGCUAAACCAACUCUGGCGCCUGGACACCAACCGUCUCCGGCCGGGGACUGAUUACGUCAUCUCCCUCCAGGGGAGGGCAGGUUAUGUGGCUCAGGGCAGUAACUAUGCCAGAGACCGGGCCAGGGCGCCGCUCUUCACACGCGUCGACGAAGCUAAACUGAAGGGUAUCGAGACGUAUUUACAUUUCAUCAACUUGCUGGACAAUUAUGAGACGUCCACAGGUGUAUCGGAGACGGUGACGUCAGAGGAGCUUCAGGAGAACAGGCUGUUUAUCGACUCCAUGAUGGAGACUGAAGUCAUGAAGUGUGCUCACAAGUAUCUGGUCGGGAAGGGGAAGUCGCCGUCAGAUGCUGGACAGUUCAAGAGACAGCUGUAUGACAUCUGGUUCCGUCUCUACCACAGGGACCGCAGCGGAGGGGAGGAUUCCUGUGGAUUUGAACACGUGUUUGUGGGAGAAACUAAAUAUGGCCAGGAGAUAAUGGGUCUCCACAACUGGGUCCAGUUUUACCUGCAGGAAAAGCACGACCAUGUCGACUACAAAGGCUACAAAGCAAGAGACAACAAAGAUACGCCUGAUGAAGAUGACCACGUCCUCAACCUGCAGUUCAGCUGGAAAGGUUUGGUGAAGCCGGUCGGCGGCUGCUUCAUCGGUGUCAGUCCAGAGUUUGAGGUGGCUCUUUUCACCAUCGUCUUCCUCAUGUCCACUGAGAAGAUGACAUCUGUGGUGGUGAAAGUGGAUGAGUACGUGCUGGAGCUGGUUGUCUAUCGCCACGGCCGAUCCAUCGGCACGUCCUACCCCAAACUGCUCAGCAGCAACCACAGGGAUUUGUAAUGAUAUCACUCCACCUGAGCUGCCAGCUGCCAGCUGCCAUGCGAUCAUUUACAAAAUUUUAACAUUUUUUUGUAUUAUAUUCCCAUGCAAUAUAACCCUAAAACAAAUCUGGAUCAGGUUCUCUUUGCACUAAACGUCGGGCUUAAAUUUUCUCUAAUGAGCAAAGUUUUCAGCCUAAAACUCCUGAUCUGGACUGAUAUCAUGGAAGGAAAACAGCUGUUUAUAAUCAUGUAUCUGUCUUAUUAUAUAUACUGUCAUAAAGUAAAUAAAGGUUUCUUUGUCUACAAA